GUCAUCCUCGUCUCUCCACCUCUCUUCCCCCAUAAAUAUCUCAAGAGCCCUCCAGGCUCAGGGACAUCAGAAUACUUCUUAUCACUAGAUAGCAUUUAGCCAUUUAGGGGUGGUGAUCAAGGAGGGAUGGCGAUGGAGAAACGCUUUGUUCUGCUGCUGGCCGUAUUGCUUGCCCUCCAAUCCCUUGUGGCUGCCACUCCCGGGACGGCCACCUAUUACACCGAAUACACCCCUUCUGCUUGCUAUGGCUACAAAAACAAGGGCACCAUGAUUGCAGCAGCGAGCAGACGCAUCUAUGCCAAUGGUGCGGCAUGCGGGCGAAGGUACUCUGUGAGGUGCACCGGUCCAACCAACGCAGGUGUACCCCACCCUUGCAAGGGCACCAGCGUGGUGGUGACCAUUGUUGAUCUCUGCCCAUCACCUGGCUGCCAGGCCACACUGGACCUCUCUCAGGAGGCCUUUGCUGCCAUUGCUGAUCUCAAUGCUGGCAAGAUCAAGAUCGAUUAUACACAGGUCUGAACGCCAAACCGCCUUCGGGAGAGUUGCUAGCAGUGAAGAUUUCCCAGAUUUCUACAUCACUAAUAGAAAUAAGCAUCACUUAAGUUUGAUGUCAUGUAUCUAACAAGGGAUGUGUAAUGCUGCAUGCAUUUUGUGCAUACAAAGUGCAUAGGUUUAUCGACUAAAUAAAAUCAUUCUCGUUUCUCAGAGAAAA